AUGUCCGACCCAAAAAGCAAUUCAUCGGGUGCACCAGCGCCCUUUGUUCUGCGUGGUUCCACUUCACUUUUCUCUCAGCGACAACUGGAUGUAUUCGGUGGACUACAAGCUCUUGAAGAUGCUCACAAUAAGGUUACCAAGGAAACCAGAUCUGAGCGUCAUUUGGUCAAGAAAAUGGCAUGGAAAGAAACAAAACCGGCCGCAGAAUCUCUGGAGGCGGACAAAGAAGCUCGUGAGAAACAGAACGCAUCCGCACCCCCAGUCGACAACACCACGGAGGUCCUCUUCAAGGUACCUGAUUGUCCACCGCCGCGUUCGGCACUGCGACGCAAGAGGCCUGCGCGUGCAUCUCACCACGUCACCGAUGCCACAAAACGCGACUCGCAAAAAUGGACCCACUACAGCCUCGCGGACGUCGAUGAAGACGCCGGAUUGGGUGGCCAGGCCAACAGAAAGAUCGCCGCCGACCUCAUGCGUGAACUGCGACGUCGACGCGAGGAGGCGAGUGAGUCGGAGCCGGUGGAGGAUUUGGGUGAUGAUGACCGACCCGCGAGAAUUAUCUUCCGGCCCACGCGUGGCACGAAGCGCUCUCGUGUUGAGUCCUCCGGUCCGAGCCCUGUGAAUCUGAUUUGCUCCCAGUCUCACGAUGAUGACGACGUCGACGAACAAAGCGACGAUCGCAGUAACUCGCCAGAUCCCACAAACCACCAGGAUGAUAUUGCUUUUCGACCUCGUACCCAGCACGGGAAGCUGCGUUGUCGAACUGGUUCAAAGGAGGACGUCAGAAGUGACGAGGAAGUGGAAACGAGGGGGUCUACGGAGGCACCUGAAGCAGCCGACAGCGGAAGCUCCGACGAGACCACCGAUGACCUUGAGGACGCGCCGGAAGGCCUUUAA